GUCACGAUCUUCAUUAUGGCUUCUCCAGCAGACAAUGAAAGACCGAAAGUAACGGAGAUAGAGAUAGAAGAAGAUCUUUUGAGCAAUUGGCAGUGCUUAUGAAGUUUAUGGAACUUCUAGGUAUGGAUGAAAUUUAAACACAACUUCAACAAGAGGACAUUGAUGACUAACUUGAUCCGCAGGGAUUCCUCCGAAUGCCAGAAAAGUUAUGCAGGAUCCUGACUUCUCACCAGGAGAUGCGAUAUUCCUUGCAAGACUCGGGUUUCAAAUUGUGACGGACCCUGAAGGUAUCAAUGCCGUAAAUGAAGAAACAUUAGUCUUUAAUAUUGGCCGGUACGUUUUCAUAGACCAGCGCAUCAUGGACCGUCCUUGGCCUGCAGUUUACAUCAAUAUGGGGCACAAGGGACAAUUGAUAAAGAACCGAAGCCAGAUUGCACAGAGAGUAAGAAACUGGCACCAUAACAAGAAUGGACCUCCGAUCGACAACUGGUGGGACUAUAAAAUGAGAAUUGUGGUGAUCAGAAAAACCUAUGAUCACAAAGAAAUCCCUAAGAUUAGCAGCAUAGACGAUGGUAUGAGGAUUACUCGGUUGUUCUGGAAGAAAGGAGGUAGUGGGAGGAAGAUUUCAGUGCUUUGUAGACGCAGGAAGACUCGUGGGGUCACUUUUCUCUCGAAUAGAUUAUGAUCGAUAUUAAGUGUCCUGAGAGAGUUUCAGACACGGAGACAUAGUGAUAGUAUC